GCGCUUCGCUUGCGGAGCGGCCUUCGGCGGUCUCUUCUGCAAAUGGGCUCCGUGGCCUAGCGUCCCGGUCCCCGCCACGUGUGAUCGCGCGCCGAGGCCCGCUAGGGGUCGUCGCCGAGGUUUCCACCAGCCCGCAAGCGACAGCAUGGCAGCCAUCCCCUCCAGCGGCUCGCUCGUGGCCACCCACGACUAUUACCGGCGCCGCCUGGGCUCCACUUCCAGUAACAGCUCCUGCGGAAGUGCGGAGUAUGGUGGGGAAGCCAUCCCUCACCACCCGGGUCUCCCCAAGGCCGACCCGGGUCACUGGUGGGCAAGCUUCUUCUUCGGGAAGUCCACUCUCCCGUUCAUGGCUACAGUGUUGGAGUCUCCAGAACGCUCGGAAUCUCCCCAGGCCUCCCCUGGCACGAUCACCUGCGACUUGGCUCUGGAAGCCAUGAGGAAGCAGCCUGGUGGCCAGCCUGGCAAAGCCAACACAGGGCCGCCGUCCUGA